AUGUGUUUCUUAAUUCUAGUCAUAAGACUGGUAGAGAUCAAACGCCGCUGGGACCCUUACAACUGGUUCAGCUGUCACCAUUGUGUGGCCUCGGAUUUGAAACCGGAUCCAAUUGAUGUGUUGGAGAGGGGAGGGAGAGUGAUCACGGAGUACUGCCAGCCAGAUCAGAGUUGCUGGCCGUCUGUAGAAGAGAUAGAAGCAUUCUGUCGAACCAUAUAUGGCGAGUGUGUGUUGCCCGGAGAACCGUUCUACAGGAACGCUACAAUAGGAACCAUACAGCCUGAAAGAUGGGUUGCCAACCCGGGUCUCAUUAUUUACAUCAUAACCCUCCAGGACAUCCAGAAAAGCGUGAUAUUCGCCAGCCGAUUUAACAUUCGCAUCUCCGUGAUUACAUCCGGGCAUGACUUUAUAGGCCGAAAUACGGCAGACGGAAGCCUGCAGAUCAACCUAUCGCGAUUAAAGUACCUGUUUGUGGACUUGAACGACGCCAGUAGCGACACCGGGAUGUCGUGCGUAACGGACGUGGGGAAUAAUUGGGCCAAGUUGUAUGAGGAGGUCACCGGCAGAUAUAACAAACUGAUCGUUGGUGGCAACUCUGGCACCGUUUCACCUGCCGGCUUCACGCUAGGUGGCGGUAAGAGCUUGCUGUCCAAGAUGUUCGGCCUCGCAGUCGACAACGUUUUGGAAUUCACUAUCGUCAAUGCACAGGGGCAGAUAGUCCACGUGUACCCCACUCACAUAGUCAUCGAGGACUCCGACAUGGGAUUCACGCGGGUAGAGGAUCCGGAUUUGUUUUGGGCUCUUCGUGGAGGUGGAGGCGGCACUUUUGCCAUUGUCACUCGCGUCAAGUACAGACUAUUUGAACCCCCUAGCGGCGGAUUUACAACUCUGAGGGGACUCUACCCAUUCCAAACAGACCAAGCAGGCAACAAUGUGGUAGCAAAUGAAGUUUUGGAUUUCAUGUUCUCAUACAUAAGGGGCCUUCCACAGAAAGCAUGCGGCUACGUUCUGGUUGACAGUCCAUACCGAGGCUCAGAGUACAUGAACGUGAGCGCCACCAUGGGACAGAUUUACAUUGUGAUCGAGUACUUCGGUGGUGAGGCAGAGGCGCUUCCAACUCUCAACACUUUGUAUAACUACAGACCGGACCUCAAGCUGCACGAUUACAAGCCGGUUCAUUUCAACACGUUCUGGGAGAUGCGGAAGGACAACCUGUACACGGGCUACAGGGGGAGGACCUACAUGUUCAGCACUGUAGUGCCAGACGGUAACCUGAACAGGGAGUUUGCUGACAUGAUGGUGAGAAGUCUGAAGGAGGUGGAACGCAUGGGUCUGAUUAUGGAAUGCGAGGGAGCGGUAUUGGGGGGUAAAAUGAGAGAAUACGCCGACAACUCCUCCUCCGUUGUCCCCGGCUUCAGGCGAGGUCUGAUGACGUGGUCGUGUGGCGCCUUCUGGUUCGAGAAUGAAAACAACAUCGAAGACAGUCGUAUCGAUGAGCUGCAGACCUUCCACCAGAGGUUGCUGAAGGCUGGGUCCGGCGUGUACCUGAACGAGGCGUCCGACAUUUUGGAUGACUGGAAGCAACUUCAGUGGGGAGCGAACUACCCCAGGCUGUUAGAGAUCAAGAAAAAGUGGGAUCCAAGAAACAUCUUCACCUGUCAUCACUGCGUCGGCUCUGACCAAGUUACCGUUAAUUAACCAAGACCCACUUGCUUGACCCAGUUUCCUACCUAGUUUCGUGACUGUUUUUUCAAAUGGAUGAAUAUAGUUUUUACGCCCGACUGUCUUGACCUUGAAUAUUUACUUUUUCGAUGACAAAAUUUGAAGACAAUGCGAGCCUGAAAUAAGUCAAGUAUAACAAAGCGAUUUGGAGCUAAAUAUUUGCCAUUUAAUUAUUACAUGUCAGCUUUAUGCUUGUUUUGCAGUCCAGGAAAAAUAUAAUAAUUAUUAUAAUUAUGAUUAUUGAUACCAUUAUUGAUUAAUUGAAUAUGGAAAAAAUACAGCAACGGCACAGAUAUACGGGAAAAUAUGCUGUGGCUAUCUUGUGUAAAUGUCGAGGAAAAUGUUUAUUUUUCAAUCUGUGUUUGACUGCCUAAUAAAUAACGUCGAUGCUCAGAACUGACGGAAAGAUUA